AAAUCUUUUUUUCAAUCUAAAAACAAAUUCAAUUUAGUGAAAAUGAAUACCGAGAACGCCAGUUACCAUGCCGGUCAAGCCAAGGCCACAACCGAGGAGAAAGCCAGCAACAUGGCAGACAAGGCUAGCUCUGCUGCCCAAUCUGCAAAGGAAUCCAUUCAAGAGGCUGGAUCACAAAUGCAAUCCAAGGCACAAGACACAAUGGAAUCAGUGAAGGAAGCCACCGGGAUGAAGAAAUGAAGCUCCUAAUUUAUUUAUGUUUUGUUAUUUUAUUUUAUUUUUGAAAUGGGUGUUUUAUUAUUUAGAGAUAUUCUAUAAUUUAAUUAUCAUUUAUUAAUAAAUAUGUGAAGCUUGCUUAUGGAGAGCUUUUUGUAGCACCAAUUUUUGGCCGUUAUAAAUUAGGAUGUUUCUAUUUUAUCAUAUAAUAAAGAGA